AUGUACAUAAAUGCCCAAGGCCUACUCACUAAAUUUGCUGAAUUAAGACUUCGACACGCGUCAGCAGCUUGGGACCUCAUCGCUGUCACUGAAACAUGGUUGCGCUGCGAGAUAAAGGAUGUUGCAAUCGCGCUAACGCGCAUGUCCGUUGUCCCGAAGGAUCGAGCCAGCAAAGGUGGCGGGGUAGCCCUCUACUUCCGUAACAACGUGCAAUGCGAACCCAUAAACGAUUCGGAAACCGACGUACCUGACGCCAUUUGGUGUAAUUUCCGGCUGAGCGGAAAUGAUCUUGGCCUAUUGGUUGUUGUUUACCGCCCACCAUCGUCUACUCCUGAGAUGGACUGCAAUUUGAUGGCUGCGUUGAGGCAAGUGAAAAACAGGAAGUACAGUCACAUUCUAGCCACCGGCGACUUCAACUUACAUGCUCUAGAAUCCCAGGCCACAUCAGGAGAGCAAUUCAAAACAGAAUUGCAAGGUCUGGUCUCAGGCUUCCCGCUUUAUGGUCACGUCACUACGCCCACUAGGUUCAGGGGAACUAACAGGCCAUCCAUAUUGGACCGAAUAUUCACCAAUGAAGAACUGAUGGUCGAGAGAGUGGUAACCGAUACUCCUUUGGACCGCAGUGAUCAUGCGACACUAGUGUUUCAUCACAUGUGCUACGCGGAUUAUCCUAAAGAGCAUGCCGAGGAAUAUCAUGUCGUAACUAUAACGACCUGUCCGACCUCAUUGAUGCAACAAGCUGGUCGUUCUUAG